UACUCUUCUUUGGAGGCCAUGAUGAUUGCGAAGCCCUUGCUUAUGGCUCACGCAUGGCGGAGCACCCUGGUAUCAGCCUUACCGUAAUUCGUUUCUUGCCAUCCCCACAAAUUUCAGGGGAGAUUGUAAGGGAAGAGAUCAAAUCUUCAACAAGAUCAAUCAAUGAGCAAAUUCUAGCAGAACACAAGGAGAAAAUUCCAAGUAACGGUUCAAUUAAUUACGAAGAAAGAGUAGUGAGAGAUGCAGCAGAAACAAUGGAAAUAGCGAAAGAAUUCAGCCAAUGCAAUCUUUUCCUGGUGGGGAGAACGCCUGAGGGUGAGGUAGCUGCAAAAUUGAAUGUAAAGAAUGAUUGUCCUGAACUAGGGCCUGUAGGCAGCAUGUUAACAUAUCCUGAAUUCUCAACUUCAGCAUCAGUUUUGGUGGUGCAGCAGUAUAACAAUAAUUCUCCUCAUGCUUCUCUUCCUCCUCUGAUUUCCAUAAAGGUCGCAGAGGUCCCUGAGGGAGAUCAAGAAUCUGUUUGAUUGGCUUC